GCCCCCGCCCCCCGGACAGGCAGAGCGGCCUUCCCUCCGUCUCUAGUAGCUUCCGCGCCGCUGACGCAUGCUUGCGCGCACAGCUGGGCCGGGCGUCCUACGCAGCAGCCGCGAGCCGGGCUGCCGGUGCCAGACGGUUCCCGGCGGGGGGCAGGGGCGGGGCGCUGCAGGAGGCCGAGGACUCCGGGCGGAGGAGCCCCAAGGAGGCCUCCUGACGACUGACAGUUGCCAUGGCAUCCUACUAUGAGAUCCUAGACGUGCCGCGAAGUGCAUCCGCUGAUGACAUCAAGAAGGCGUAUCGGCGGAAGGCUCUCCAGUGGCACCCAGACAAGAACCCAGAUAAUAAAGAGUUUGCUGAGAGGAAAUUUAAGGAAGUGGCGGAGGCAUAUGAAGUGCUGUCGGACAAGCAUAAGCGGGAAAUCUAUGACCGCUAUGGCCGGGAAGGGCUGACAGGGGCAGGAACCGGCCCCCCUCGGGCGGAAGCUGGCAGUGGUGGGCCUGGCUUCACCUUCACCUUCCGCAGCCCCGAGGAGGUCUUCCGGGAGUUCUUCGGGAGUGGGGACCCUUUUGCGGAGCUCUUUGAUGAGCUGGGCCCCUUCUCGGAGCUUCAGAACCGGGGUUCCCGACCCUCGGGUUCCUUCUUUUCCUUCUCUUCCUCCUUCCCCGGGCACUCUGAUUUCUCCUCCUCAUCUUUCUCCUUCAGUCCUGGGGCUGGUGCUUUUCGCUCUGUUUCUACAUCUACCACCUUUGUCCAAGGACGCCGCAUCACGACACGCAGAAUCAUGGAGAACGGGCAGGAGCGGGUGGAAGUGGAGGAGGAUGGGCAGCUGAAGUCGAUCACAAUCAAUGGUGUCCCAGAUGACCUGGCACUGGGCUUGGAGCUGAGCCGUCGUGAGCAGCAACAGUCAGUCACCUCCAGGUCCGGGGGCACUCAGGUCCGGCAGACCGCUGUUACACGCCCCUCUGACAGUGACCUCUCUGAGGAUGAGGACCUGCAGCUUGCCAUGGCCUACAGCCUGUCAGAGAUGGAGGCAGCUGGGAAGAAACCGGCAGGUGGGCGGGAGGCACAGCGACGACGGCAGGGGCGCCCCAAGGCCCAGCACCAAGAUCCAGGCGUGGGAGGGACCCAUGAGGGUGUAAGGGGUGAGGCCGCCAAACCCAGCCCAUCCCCAGAGGAGAAGGCGUCCCGCUGCCUCAUCCUCUGAACACCAGGCCCAGCGCAGCCUGAUUCGUGUCAUGACUGGGGUCUGGCUCACUGCCGGGAGAGUGGAGAGGAGCAUGGCCGAGUUGCGGGAGCCCGUCUCCAACUCCGUGCUCCCUCUGCAAGUUUCCCUCCCAGGCCCACCUGCACUCUGGUGUGGACUUGAGAUUUUCUGUGCUCAGCCCAGGCCUGAUAGGUCCCUGGGUCAAGCCCAGGGUGGGGGGCGUCAGGGCAGUGGAAGGGCCCGGGAAGCAAGGAUGCACUUACUGGAAGGGGAAUUCCUGAGGGGUAAUCAGUGGUUUGGGCUGGGCCUUUUGUGCCCAGGUCCUCUGCCACCUGCGUUGCUGAUGAUGUCAAGGAAGGAGGACUUGGCCUGGGUUCUCUGAGCCCAAGUUGGCAGCUCCACUGGGGAGCAGUGCGGGCUCUCCUUGUCCAGCUGCAGACACCCCCAUCCUGGUUUCUGUGCAGUGUUGAGCUCUGACCGUCUCUGUUGCUUCCCUUCUGGUGCCGCUUCUUCCUCCCACUCUUCUCUCUGCAACUCCCUGCGGGCCGCAUCGCUUGCUUUCACGGCCGCUCAUCUGGCUAGGACUCCCUUCUCCUUCCUUCCCCGAGAAGGCCUCAGUGUGGCGAGGAAGAUGCUGGGGCCCGUAGGGCCAUGAGGUCUUCUGGGGAGGCUAGCUGGGUGGGGCGGGAGCCUCUCAGCUGUCCGGAUUCAGAGCCGGAGUCCACUCCUCCUCCCUUCCUCUUGCUGCCUCAGCCUGCCCCCAGCCUUGGGACUAGGCAGAGGUGAGGCUGGCUAACCCUGGAGAGGUGGGAUAGGGCCAGGGUGACCCAGGAGGGAGGCCUAGGAGGGGACUGUACCCUAUGUGACUUCCCCACCAUCAUCAGGGCUUAGGGAGAGGGCACAUGGCUAGCCCAGGUCUGCAUGCUUGGCUCCAUCCUCCAAGGCUUGCUGCUGACCCUCUCUCCUGUCACCCCGCCCCCGCUCUCUUCCUAGAUGUGUUCUGAGCUGGAUGUCCGGGAUCCAGAGUUGCAGCACAGUUACAACAGGACAGCGCCCUCCCCCAUGCGCUGGGAGGGGCCUCUCCAUUCCUCUCCCUCACCCAUGCUGAGUGUAGAACUGGGGCCUGGGUGGUGGGUCGGGGGGCCGGGUGGGAGGAGUCAUAGUUGUAACCUGUGCACGCUCUUCCCUGGGUGUUUGGUGCUGGCUCUUGGGGACUACAAAUCCCAGAAUGCAAUGCACCUGGCCUCAUUUCUGAUAGGUCAUGCUUUGGGGGAAGUGGUGCGGGUUUAUGGAGCUAUGCAUCUUGGGACGUGUUCCAGCCCAGGUCGGCCUGUCACUCGCUGCCAGGCAGGGAGAUCGGGUCUUUUGAUUUGUCCCUGGAAGGGUGGCAGGAAUGUGGAUGAUGGGGGAAUGAUCAGAGAGCCUCGGUUCCCCUGACACGUCUUGCUAGCCCCAAGGUUGGAGUGGGCAAAUCAAAGCCCUGCAGCAUCUGGGUGAGGUUCUUUUCCUGUGGGCAGCCUGGGGUCCAAGGAACGAGCCAGAGCAGUAGCAUGUCUGACUAAGCAGGGUGAGGCCCCAGAAGGCUGAAUGGUGUGGGUGGGCAGAGAGCCUGGAAGGGAAGGCCGCCUCGUGGGGGGUGCGUGUGUGUGGCUGGGAUUGGCAUGUGAUGGGAGCUUCGGGCAUGCCGCUGCUUGUAUGGCUUUCUUUGGCCUCUGACCCUGCUGCCCAUUCUUUCUCUCCACCAUCACAGAAGAGCCGCCUCUCCUCCUCCCUGCCUGGGGAGCCCAGUGGCCAGGGAGGGGAGUGGUGGAGUCAGCCCUGUAACAUUGAGCCUCAGAGACCUAUCAAAGCCAGCAGGGCUGAGCUUAGACCGAGGGAAACACUGGAAGUCAAUAAAGCUGAGUUUUGAGAGCU